CACGCCCCAUACGUGCGUGCGCAGCGACGCCCCUUCACUUCCGGUGCAGCCGCCGCCAUGUUUCUGCAGUGCUACAGCGAUGAGCGCGGGCAGCGCGUUUAUACGUUGAAGAAGCUGAGCCCUGCCGGCCUGCCCACCAGCUCGGCCCACCCGGCCCGUUUCUCCCCCGACGAUCGCUUCUCCCGCCACCGUUUGGCCCUCAAACGCCGAUUCGGGAUCCUCCCAACCCAACGUCCGAGACCGCUGCUUUGAGAACCGGCCGACGUUUUAAAUAAACGCUUCUUUAUUACCCCCCCUC